CAGUAGACGGCAACGGACGGAAGCUCGCUCGGCCUCCGAACGGUCUCAUUCCUCCGCAGAUUUGUUUUGCGUCAAUACGUGGAAACUCGCCCCGACGCGCUUCCACUCCCAGCCACUCACUAAAUUCCACUUUCACGGGCUGAGCCGAGUGCGUGUAUGUCCGGUGACAACGGGGACGACACCCCCCCCCCCCCCCGCGUGGACGUGGACGUGGUCAGUCGUCGAGUCCCGACCCAGUUGACGGACGGCUGAGCGGUCCUAUGAUACCUCGGCAACACAUUUUUCUCACAACAACGCCGCGCGGCCAACUUUUGACAACGUUCACGCCACUUAAGUCGCUGUGAAGUUUGAAGACAACCUCCAACAUGUCCGUGGCAGGCUUGAAGAAGCAGUUUUAUAAAGCGAGCCAGAUGGUGAGUGAAAAGGUGGGGGGCGCUGAAGGAACCAAGCUUGAUGAUGACUUCAGAGAUCUGGAGCGGAAAGUGGACGUGACCAGUAAAGCCGUAGCAGAGGUGAUCUCCAAAACAUCAGAAUAUCUCCAGCCCAACCCCGCUUCAAGGGCUAAACUAUCCAUGUUGAACACCAUGUCUAAAAUCCGCGGUCAGGUGAAGAACCCCGGCUACCCCCAGGCGGAGGGACUACUGGGAGAAUGCAUGACCAAGUAUGGAAGGGAACUUGGAGAGGAGACUAACUUUGGCGGAGCGCUCGUGGAAGUCGGGGAAGCCAUGAAAAGAAUGGCAGAAGUCAAAGACUCGCUCGACAUCGACGUCAAACAGAACUUCAUCGAUCCAUUGCAAGGCCUCUGCGACAAGGACCUAAGAGAGAUUCAGCACCACCUCAAAAAGCUGGAAGGUCGCCGUCUGGACUACGACUACAAAAAGAAGCGUCAGGGCAAAAUUCCAGAUGAGGACAUCCGACAGGCCCUGGAGAAGUUUCACGAAUCGAAGGAAGUCGCAGAGACGAGCAUGUACAACCUCCUCGAGACUGACAUUGAGCAGGUGAGCCAGCUUUCGUCUCUGGUGGAGUCCCAGCUGCAGUACCACCGGCAGGCAGUUCAAGUCCUGGAUGAGCUGUCUGACAAGCUUGGAGAAAGGAUGAACGAGGCCCAGUCCCGACCAAGACGCGAAUACACGCCCAAGCCCAAACCUUUGUUUGACUUCGGAGAAGACAACCACUCCAACGGCGGCUACCCCACUUCGAUGGCCCCGCCGCCUUCUCGCAACUCAGCCCCGGAGCAGCCGAGCUGCAAGGCGCUGUACGACUUCGAGCCGGAGAACGAUGGCGAGCUGGGCUUCCGGGAGGGCGACAUCAUCACGCUGACCAAUCAGAUCGACGAGAACUGGUACGAGGGGAUGCUCAACAGCCAGUCGGGAUUCUUCCCCCUCAACUACGUGGAGGUGCUGGUCCCUUUGCCCCACUAAGGCGAGCGAGCGAGCGAGCGGGAGGGCGGGUAGGGGAGCAAGGCCUCGGACAGACUGGGCGCGGUCCACACUAGAACCUGUUCCGCACGGAGGAUGGACUCUUAAAACCUCCCCUUGAUUUUUUUUUUUUAAGACCGUGACAAAGCAUGCACAAAGCUCAGGUUGACUCAUUGCCCCCCCCCCACCAUUUCAAAUACGAGUGCCUCAAUAGUGACACCUGCUGGCCACUCCGACAAUUGCCUUUUUCUCUUGACUGAGGUAUGUAACCACGCGCCAUGGCAGCCUGCCGCUUUUCAGUCGAUGACACCCGUGCGAAUCUCUUUGAGCCUUAAUUCCGUAUGCGCGAUAUCCGACUUUGGACUCAUGAUCUAGUACGCCCUUUUUUUCCUCACUAGUAAGACACGUGCGCUAGUAGAACGACUUUAUCCGCUACUGUUUUCAAACAUCAAGCAUAUCGUAUAAAAGCACAACACAUUUAUGCGAUAUCCUUGAUAUCCAUCUUAAGGUUCAUAUACUAGUACACUCUCUAGUUAGACACUGAAGCAUACUAGUAGAAAGACUGCCUUACUCGAAAAAUGUUUUCCACUACUAGUUCAACUUUUACACAGUAAUACACAUUCAAGCCUUACUACUCUGUUGCACUAUGUAAGUAAUCAGUCCAGCUAAUAGUCACGUGUCAUGCGCAAGUAGCGUCAUCGUUGUGGAGGCUUUGUAGAGAACUGUAUGAGUGAAAACUAGAUUGGAAAGGGCGGUCCAGAUUCCUAGCACUCAAAACUUUUGUCAGCCAGUACGCGACUUCGAGGCCAGGAUGGCGGAAUUAAUAAAGUGCAGAAUAAAGAGGCGGCAGCAACAUGGCCGAUUUAUGGGCUUAUCUCCAAACGUAUGAAUGCGUCGUCUCUUAUCCUCGCUCGACCGUGAGAGCCAGGACCCGCUUUGAGAAAAAGUAUACUAGUACGUAGUAAGAUAGCAAACUGACGAGUCUUUUGUGCACGCCUUAUCAACGGUAUCACAUAAAUGCUGUUUAAAUGGCUUUCCAUGAAGGCUUGCUCGAUAUCCAUCUUUGGGGCAUGCACUAGUAGGCUCUUUGUGCUCAAUAGUAACACACACUAGUUAGCAGUGUGUUGUGGUCAUCGUCACUUUUGCCGACACGGCUGUUGUUGUGCGCUCCUUCGUCAAAUCAUUUCAACUCAACAAUCCAGCUCACUAGUACAACGAUUGCCGUACUAGGAAUUGAUUUUCCAUUCCUUGUGCCACCUUUGGCCCAGUAGUAUCCAAUUAAACCUUUCUAGUAAACCACUAUGCAUCACUUGUGACGCCACUUGGACACGCUUGAAGGCGUAUUAUGCACUAGUAGUCUCCUAGGAGCAGCAAAAUGCCCGCGAGUACUUUUACCUCACUAGAACUAGUAUGCCAAUGUUGUUCUAAAAGUGUUUGGUUGUGGGCGGAAAAAGGUUACAUGGAAGAUCAUUUACUCGUUCGCUUAAUUGUAGUCAAGACAAAGGGCGUACUAGUACCUGGAAAUUGUGCUGGAUAUGGUGUUAAAUGCUCAAAGGGGUUGCCAUAGCCCAAUUUCGCCUUCAGUGUCUUUGUCUUGUAAACGUUUGAUCUCGCGUUUUUUUUUUUCCUCAGUGGUGCCGGCUUCACUAGACACGCACGUUGCCCGUUUUUGUUUCGCCCGUUUUGUCGAGCCCGUUUAACCCACGCGGUGCCUGAAAGGACGACCGCUGCAGGCAGCGCUUUCGUCUUUCUGUCCCUAAUGUGAAACUCCCGCGUCCCACUGGAGUUAUUUGCGAAAGUAGAAAAGUCCCCCCCGGUGUCCUUGACUCCGGAUCCCAGCAGGUUUUUCAAUUUGCUGCAUUUUGACUGUUCCCAACGCUCUUUAAUACAAGUCCUGAAAGUGGUACAAAUUUGGAGUUAAACCACUCGCUAAAAUACCGUAAUUUCCGGUUUCACACGCUUUCAACCUUGCGGUUUAUGCGGUGAUGCUAGCGUUAGCACGGCACUAGAAUUAGCACACCUGGUGAUAAGCCUCAGUACACAGAAAGAGUUUAACAGUAGCACCGCGCUAACCCUAGCGCCACGUUAACGAACUCUUUCUGUGUACCGAGGCUGAUAACCAAGUGUGCUCUGUAGGCCGGGAAUUAUGGUAUAUGCAUUUUUUUUUUGUGGUGGGUAAAGUGUGACCAUAGCCACCGUUCAGAAAAUGGAACUUUCUGGCGCAUUGCAAAGGCCAGUACAACAUCCGAUACGUUCCAGAAUCAAUUUUUCCACAGCUGUAUUUUAAACAAUUUAGGUUUUAAUGUGACUAGGAUCUAAUUAAAACAUUUUAAUGUAUUCCUGAAUGACUGUUCUUACUUUUUUACCACGCUACCGUUAGUGUGGCGCGUGUGUUAGCGACGCUAAGAGUGUACCGAGGCUUAUAACCAGAUGUGCUAACACUAGCGCCGCGCUAAUGCUAGCCCCGCGCUGUUAAGAAACAGGAGGGUUUUUUUAAAAUAUCAUAAAGAAAUUUAAGACUUGCUUGUGCAUUUUUAAAAAUAAUAACCAAAGUGUGCUUGCAUCAAGCGGUUCGUCACUCCCAGUUUUGAAGUUCUGUGUGAAACUGACACACGAGAGAGUGAAAUAUGGAUUUUAAUGCCAAACUGUUCAAGAAAACAAUGGAGUUUUGUUUUGUGAAAGUCAGCUAGCGUAAUGCUAACGUAGAAUGUGAAAGGCCGCAAACGUCGGAACAGAAUUGAGCGUCGACGUUCUAAUAAUUGACCUUAUGGACGGCAUUUUCCGUGCAAAAGUCAGAUGACGCAACAGUUUCCGGUGGUCAGUAUUUACUGGAAUGACGUCCGAUCUGAUAAUCUGCACAUUUGGAAACGCGCAGCCGCAAAGUGCGGGGUUCGCUAUUAAUGUGAUUUUUUUUUUUUUUUUUUUUUAUAUAUGGGCGGGAUGGAUUGUGUUCUACUUUUGGAGGUUUGACUUGGACAAGAAUCCAUUUGUGGAUACUUGAGGACUCCAACCACAAUCAAAGGGAAUGCGUUGAUUAUGCAAUGUAUCUUUCAUUGUAAUUUUUUUUUUUUUUUAUCAGUGUUUUUUCCAUUUAUCACCCCCCCGACCCCCCCAGAACCAUACUGCCAGUGUUUUGGACCUUGUCUAAUAUGUUUACACGUGGUAUCCUAGCACUGUGGAUGGACUUUUCGAUGUUUAGAAACAGGGAAGGUGGGAAAACCAAAAAAAAAAAAAAACACUCACGUGGUCGCUACUUAACAAAUGAGCCACGAUUUCUUUUCAAUUUUUAACGCGUGGCACUUUUGCGCUCGUGCACAUUUACAACACUACAGACUGUUUCCUCACACAUGCACAUGUGUUUUUUUUUUUUUUAAUUAUUAUAAUUUUUUUAGGGGCAUAUAUUUUAGAUAGGUCUCAAAUAGUCCCGUUCAUUUCCUGGAUGUAAAAUGCUGUGUUUUGUUUAGUAUGUCUUAAAUAUUCCACAGAAACGUAUUAAACAUAUUCAGCCUUGCGGUAGUAUUAUUUUUAUAUCCAAACCCAUUUAAAAAAAAAAUGCAUGUAGUCCUUUAUUACAUUAAUUAUUGUUGUACCCUGUAAAUGUUAGAAAUGUCACCUUUGUACUUUUGGUAUGAGAACCGAGUAAUUGCUUUUUGUCCUUUAUCAUCAAGAUUUGUAUGUACUUCUUUCCUGACCCUCGCCAUUUCUUAUAAUAAUAAAAAAAAGACCAAAAAAAAAGUGAAUUUAUUUUCUGUAUUGGUGGGAAAAAAAAAUACAAAGAGCCAGAGUGUUUUAAAUAUUUCCAGUGUGUAUUGGUUGAAAUGGUUUGCGGAUCAGCAAUCGGCAGUCUUAAGGCAUUGUUCUGCGUGUGCCGUAAUAAAUAAUGUAACAAGAAUACAUAUACAAAUUAUUCGGGUAAUACAGUGGUUCUCAAACUGGGGUACACAAGCCAAAUUUCGUCCCUCUUCAAAAUAAUGUGUGUUAAAUAUAUUUAAAACUUCCCUACCUGUCGCUUUGGGCCAAUUAAAAGCUGUCAAAAAUGUUUCUCUUCUCAAGUAAUCCACAAUUAUAGUCAUAUUACAUGUUUUUUUUUAACAGGCAACUUUAUAAUUUGGAUAUUAAAUUGGCAUUAGGACUUUUUAUUCCAGACAAAAUGUGUUUGUUGUGCUAAAAUGCCUUCAUUUCUAGAAAGUACAGUAAAUUAUAAUCCUUGGAAUUUUUUCCCCCCAAAACUUUUUUUUUUUUUUGGUCAUUUAAUUUUUUUUGUCUUUGCGUGUGAUGUUGGGAUGAGGACCAAGCCCUGAUGUUAACAGCAAAAAUCCACAACUAAAUUGACACCUGCCAAAAAAACAUGUAAUAGCUUACAGAUGCCUGAAGAUGGCGGCAAAGCACUAAGUUCAAAAUAGAUGCAGGGGGGUGUCCUCAUAAUUUCUCCCCCUUGACCCAAAACGUUUGAGAACCAUUGUAAUAGAGAAAAAAGAAGAAAUGACCU